ACCAAGUUCCAAUAAUCCAAUUCCACAUUUCCACCUAAUGUCAUCAAAAGGUUAACAGCAUCUCGAAAACCAGCGGGUCAAGGGAAAUACGUCAGCUCGGAGGUGGAUUUCACUAAGAUUAAGCGGCCACUGUGAUUUCAGGACCCAUGAUACGUCUAUAGAUAUGUGUUGGCUUCCUCCUCUUAAAAGCUAAAAGAAAACAAAACAAAACAAAGCGAGGUUCCCAAAUCCGAAAUCCGAAAUCCCAACAACAUCUCUGCAAACUCUUCAAGUUCAUGGCGUCUUCAUCUAGGGUUAGUACUUCCUCUUCCUCUUCCUCUUCCUCUUCCUCUUCCCAUCGGCCUUCUUCCUACGAUGUGUUUAUCAAUUUCAGAGGUGUAGAUACUCGCAAAAAUUUUGUAAGUCUGCUCUACAAAGCUCUAAUAAAAGAUGGAAUCCAUGUCUUCAUAGAUAGCGAAGAACUCUGGGAAGGAGAAGAGAUUUGCCCCUCUCUUUUAAGAGCAAUCCGAGGGUCUGAAAUCUCGAUUCCUGUCUUCUCUAAAAACUAUGGAGAUAGCAAAUAUUGUCUCUUGGAACUUGCUGAGAUUUGGGAGUGCCAUUUAUAUGAGGGUCAAACCAUUCUACCCAUUUUCAUUGAUGUUGAGCCACGAGAUGUUCGACAUCAAACUGGAAGUUUUCAGGGACCAUUUCAGGAACACCAAAGCAAGUGUGAAUCUGCUGAUGUUGAGAUCUGGAGGAAUGCUUUGAAAGAGGUGGGGAAUCUAAAGGGAUGGACUCUCAAGGGGGAUGCAAAUAUUGAGGAUCAGUCAAAUUUAGUCGAGUUAAUUGUUCAAAGGGCUUUGAGAGAACUAAUUAGUACCCCCUUGGAUGAAUGUAAACACCCUGUUGGAAUAGAUUCCCACAUAGAUAAGCUACUUUCUUUGUUAAAUAUUGGUAAUGAUGAUGUACGGUUUGUGGCCAUAUGUGGCAUGGGUGGCCUCGGAAAGACAACUAUAGCAAAGGUUGUGUAUAAUCGUAUCUUUAGAAGUUUCAAUGGGAGUAGCUUUCUCACAGAUGUGAGACAAGAAGCAUCACAAGGAAAUAAGGGUUUAGUUUCUCUACAAACGCAACUUCUUAAAGAUAUAUGUGGCAAGGACAAGGACUACGGCAUAAGUUUUUUUUGUCAAGGAUCUAAAUUGAUAGCAAGAAGACUUCAUAGAGAAAAAAUUCUUCUUAUUCUUGAUGAUGUGGAUGAUUAUGAACAACUUGAUGUAUUAGCUGGUGGAAUCAAUUGGUUUGGUCAAGGAAGCAGGGUCAUCAUAACAACUAGAGAUGACCAAUGUUUGAAUACACAUAAAGUUGAUAAAGAUAUUCAAAUAUACAAGCUUGAAGGACUGAAUUUUGAGAAUUCUCUUAAACUCUUCAGUUUGUAUGCUUUUUUAAAGAAUGAACCUCUUGAAAAUUACAAGCAGUUUUCACAUGAAAUCGUACAAUGUGCUGAAGGGUUACCUUUAACUCUAGAGGUUUUGGGUUCUUUUCUAUGUGACAAAGACGAAGAAGAAUGGAAAAAUACAGUCGGAGGCUUGAACGAUAUCCUUGAUAACAAGGUCUCUGGAAUGUCAUUAAAAAGCUAUGAUGACAAGGUCUUUGCAAGAUUGAUGAUAAGUUACAAUAAACUAGGUGAAUAUGCGAAAAUCAUAUUUCUUGAUAUUGCAUGCCAUUUUGCUGGAUGGUAUGCAGAAACACCAAUUUCAAUAUGGGAAGCUUGUGAGUUGCGUCCAAGGUUAGUGAUAAAAGAACUCACUGAAAAGCACCUCCUAAAGAUGGAUAAUUAUAGAUUGAAGAUGCAUGAUCAACUUCGAUACUUGGGAAGGAGAAUUAUCUCGAAAGACAGCGCUGGGGACCCGACCAAACGCACAAGAUUGUGGUCUCCUGAUGAGAUCUUAAAGAUAUUAAAAAAAGAUAUGGUAACUCAAAUGGUUGAAGGCCUCCUCCUUGCGACUGAAGAAGAUUUAAGUUGGGAAGACUUUGCAAAGAUGCCCAAUUUAAGAUUUCUCAAUGUUUGUGGAACUAACAACCUCAAAGGGGAUUUUUCGCACCUUUCGUCUAAAUUAAGAUGGUUCCGUUGGUGUUGCCCUUUGACAAUUCUACCAGCCAAUUUUUAUCAUGAGGAACUAGUUUAUCUUGACCUAUCAUCUAGUCAUAUCAAAUUAGCUUGGAAUGAUGUACCUCAAAAUAAAAAUAAGCGGUUCCAAAAGUUGAAGGUUCUUAUUCUUACAAAGUGUUGGGGUCUCUCUGACUCUCCCGACUUCUCAUGGUUUCCUUGCUUAGAGAGAUUGGAUCUUUCGGAAUGUAGAUAUCUUUUGGAACUCCCAGAUAGUAUUUGCCAGAUGCCUUCUCUCAAAAGUCUUGUCCUUUGGAAUUGUGAGUCAUUAAAUAAGUUGCCUACCUCCAUAGGUGAUCUAAAACAUUUGGUUGAGUUUUCGGUAAGUGGGACAAAUAUUGAAGAACUGCCUGAUGGUGUAGGGCGGUUAGAGAAGCUUGAGGAAUUAGAUGUUUCAUGGUGCUUUAAGUUGGCGAGGCUACCGACAUCAAUGGGUAGAAUGAGGAGUUUACUUCAUUUUUACAUGAAAUAUACCAUGAUUGUAAAAUUACCAUAUGAUUUUUCAAAGCUCUCAAGCUUAGAGGUGUUAUCAAUGGCCAUGAGGGGUUCAGCUGAAAAAACAAUAGGCAUGGUGGAUCCAGAAGAUGAUAAAACAGUCUACAAGAGGAUUCAACCAUUCCCAAUCACCAUGAGUAGUUUCUCUUCUCAGCUUCAGAAGCUAUAUUUGAAUGGCUACGACAACCUUGAAUCUCUCCCAGAGCUUCCCUCCACUUUAGCUGGACUGGAAGUUCGGAAUUGCAUCUCACUGCAGGAAAUUCCAGGUUUAUCACACUUAGAAUGGUUGAAAGAAUUAUCACUUUAUGGAUGCAAAUCAUUGGUAAGAUUACCGGAUUUGUCAAACCUGAAAAGAUUAAAGAAAUUGCAAAUUCGACAUUGUGAUCUAGAGGAAAUUCAUGGCCUUGAAGGUACAGAGUCCUUGGAAGAGUUGAAUGUGGAGUAUUGCUACAAAUUAAGAGAGUUACCGGAUAUCUCAAACCUGAAAAGAUUGAGGCGAUUAAAUAUUUCUGGGUGUAAAAAUCUACAGGAAAUUCAUGGCCUCAAAGGAGCAGAAUCCUUAGAAUGGUUGAGUAUGUAUGAUUGUGACAAAUUAAUAGAGACAAGAAGGAAGAUACAUGGGCAGGGAAGACAUAUAGAUUAUGUGGAAGAAACUGUGCUCCGUGAAAGAAUUUUUGUUUGUGAAGGUCAGCGAAGGUCACCAAUUCUGUGUGUUGUUUUUGAGUUAUCACCUUCACCACUGAUUUGGAAAGGAGUUGAGGGCUCUGAGAAAAUAGACAUCACUUUUCUUAUUGAAGCUUGUAUUCAUAGGGGAGUGAAAAAGAUCGACUAUGCCAUUUCGAUUAGAACUGAAGUUGAACCCACUCCUGGAGAUUUAAUCUACAUACACCAUUUCAAUGGGCUUCUGUUUGAAAGCAUUGAUGCUAUCCAGAUUUUACGUCUAAGGGGAGAUAAAAGGAUAUGGCCAUACUAUUCAACUGAAGUGAAAUUCUGGACAGUCAUGUUCGAAAACAAGUUAACAGACCAGCAAGUGCCUAUCCAACAAUCCAGUGCUUCAUUGGUAGCAGAUUUCUUCAGAUGGUCCAAUGUGGAGGAUGAUGAAGAGGGUGCAUCGACAUCGAGGGCUAGCAACUACAGGGGAGCAUCAUGGCCAUCUUCCAUUGAAGAAACAGGGUGGUUGACACGCUGUCAAGGGCUAUUGAGAGAAUGGAUCUUGAAAACAAGAGUAGGAAGGAGUAUUGAAGGUUGGGUUCUGGAGAGACUUCCUCACAACGAUGAUGAAACUAGUGUUGAUUCCGGAGCUUUGUGAUUGUUGAGGAACAAUUGAAUUAAUUUUAUUUUCCGCAUACAUUGUAUGUAGUCUAUUUAUUGAAUCGAUUACUGAUUAGUUCCAUUUCAAGCAAA